GGGUCUUGGUAACAAAACGAUAACCUGGUUCAGAUCUGAGUCUGGACCAGGUCCCAAAAAGAAAGGCCUCUUUUCCUAGAGCCAAUCAAACGGGACAAACCAGAAGGUGCCUUCAGGUUCAGGCCCCCGGGCCGUGAAAAGGCCCUCAGCUGGAGCUGAUUGCAGAGCUGCACGUGCAGAAAAGCACGAGGACACACGAGCGUCCUGUCUGUUUAAAAAGUGCCAUUUAAAGUAAAAAUUAAUCCAAAUAUUUUGUACGGAAAUGAGCAUAAUGGACGUGAAGAUGGUUCUCGUGCUGCUCCUCGGCUUCACGCGCCCCGGGGCAGCUGGACUGUGCAGCGUGGAUCGCUGCACUGACCGCAGCAGAUGCGUCCUGUCCGCAGACCAGCGGAGCUGCAGGUGCGCCACCGGCUUCUACUCCGAUCUGUGCGACAAAAGUGCACAGAUCCGAGUCAUGUGUGGCACUGACCACAUGGCCAUCAGAGCUACGGAAGACUUUUUCAAGUAUCACAAGGUGCCGCUGGAGUCCCUCCAUCUACCCAACAAACUGUGUCGCGCUGAGAGAGAGACCAUCGGCGGCGUCUCCUUCUACAUGUUCAGGGUUUCCAAAGAGAAGUACCUGAGCUGUGGAGGCAAAGCGCUCGCGAAAAACUCCACCCACUUAUCGUAUUCGCUGACCGUGCAGUCAGAGGCUCUGGGCACCGGAAACAUAAUCAGACAUUCAGCCAUCAAGAUGGACUUCACAUGCGUUUAUCCAUACAGGAGAACAGUCAGCCUGCCUUUUCCGGUUUUCCCCGUUUCCAGUGAGAUGGUGAUGCAGGUGGAUGAGAUGGAAGCCACGGUCCAGAUGGUUUUGUAUUCAGACCACACCUACACGAAGGCCCACACCAGUGCUCCAACCAUCGAGCUCAGAGACAAGGUGUAUGUGGAGGUGAGUGUGACGGAGCCUGAGGACUACUUCCUGCUGCGGGUGAACGAGUGCUGGGCCACGCAGACCCAACAGCCCAACUCCACCGAGGGUCUGGUCCACAGCCUGAUUCAGCACGGCUGUGUGGACGACCACACCGUCUCCUUCCACGGUGAGGAGGACCAGAAGCUGGGACACAACGGGCAGAGCUCCAGCGUCCGCUACAGCUUUGAGAUGUUCCGCUUCCUGACGGAUCCUCACGAGCUCUACCUGCACUGCAGCAACUGUAACUCGGUCAGUAAGAGGGAGGCCGUGAGGGCGGGUCCCGCCCAGGGCCUGCUGUCGUAUGGGCCCAUCAGGAUCCAAAUGCCAGACGGACCCAAGUCCAGCAUACUGACAGCGGUGGUGCUGCCGGUGGCUGGAGUCUGGACCUUAGGCUUCUUCCUGUCCAUCCUCAUCUCCGUGGCCAAGGCGGGCAGCAGGAGGACGGUAAAGAAGGAGGACCCGGCCAAUGCAGCCUGGGGGAGCAUGACCAUACAGCACCAAUAAAGGUUUAUUCAAACAGAACCCUGUUUGUGCUGUCGUUCCUGCACACAUGUCGUCAGGGCAUGUUGUUUACACCCUGAUGGGGAUGAUGAGCGGCCCAUAAAGAGCACUUGGACGUAAACCUGAGCCUUAAGGGAGGGGGCAGCAGGUCAUGCCAGUCCACACGGUCAAACGCAGACAGUUGCCUUUUUUAAUGAACUUGAUCAGAAAAAAACUCUUCUUGUGUGCUGACAGUUCAGUUUCUGAUAUGAUGGAUGUCUAUAAUGGUCACAUGAUGCUAAAAAGCCAUGGGAAGGGGGGGGGGGUGGUUCACCGACUGACCCCCACUCACCCGUGGAUCACAUCCAAACGGUGAAGCCAUGAUGUCCUGUCAUGAAUAUCUGGGGGAAUCCACUUUUUGGGGUCCGGUUUGAAACCCAUUCUGCGUCCAGCUGCAGUUCCCCUGCUGACCGGCAGAGGGCUGCUGCGCCUCUGGCCCUCGGACGUGGGCCAGCUUCACGG